UUUAAAAUAUUAUCAUAACGGCGUGGCAACCUACAAACACUCGUGACAAGAACUCGUUCAUCUUUGACAUAGUAGGCAUAUCGUCUUUGCAGAGGAACAGGUUGUGAAAAUGGAGUCUUUGUCUGCAGCAAACACCCAAUUCUCUCUCAAUGUCUUUAAGAAGAUCAGUGAGAUAAACACUAGUGGAAAUGUCUUCUACUCUCCUCUCAGCAUCUCCUUGGCUCUGGCCAUGGUGUCUCUUGGUGCUAAAGGAAACACAAAAGAUCAGAUCUUACAGGUUCUGUGUCUUAACAAAUGUGGACCAGCAGUUCCUCACCAGAGCAAGAAAGCUAAGACAGCUGAUCAGGACGACCAAAUUCAUUCCAGCUACAACAAACUCAUGAGCGAGUUGAACAAACCAGGAGUCCCAUAUAUGUUGAGUCUUGCCAAUCGUCUGUAUGGCGAGAAAUCCUAUCAGUUUAUUGAUAAAUUCAUUAGUGAGACACAGAAAUACUACCAGGCUGGACUGGAGUCUGUGGACUUCAUAAAAAACUCAGAAGCUGCACGCGUCAACAUCAACAACUGGGUGGAGGAAAACACACAAGGGAAGAUCAAAGACUUGCUGGCACAGGGGAUCGUCAAUGAUAUGACUCGUUUGGUUUUGGUGAACGCCAUCUACUUCAAGGGAAACUGGGAGAAAAAAUUCAAAACGGAAGCCACUGUUGAACAACAGUUUAAAGUGAACAAGAAUGAAACUAAACCAGUGAAGAUGAUGAGUCAGGAGUCAGAGUUUCCUCUGAUCUUCGUCCCAGAGGUGAACAGUAGGAUCGUGGAGCUGCCGUAUGUUGGGAAGAAUCUGAGUAUGUUGAUCAUCCUUCCAGAUGAGAUUGAAGACGACACCACUGGACUUCAGAAGCUGGAGGAAACACUGACCUAUGAGAAGCUCAUGGAGUGGACCAAACCUGACAACGUGGAUCUACUAGACGUUCAGAUAUCUCUGCCUCAAUUCAAGCUAGAAGAAACUUAUGACAUGAAGAAUCUGCUGGUGAAACUGGGAAUGGUGGAUGCUUUUGAGAGGGGAAAGGCAAAUUUUUCAGGCAUGUCCCACAAAAAUGAUCUGGUGGUGUCUGAGGUGAUUCAUAAAUCCUUUGUUGAAGUCAAUGAAGAAGGAACAGAAGCAGCAGCGGCUACUGCUGUUGGCAUGGUGCUACUAAGCUACACGCCUCCACAGAUCUUCAAUGCUGAUCAUCCCUUCCUGUUCCUCAUCCGACACAAUCCCACCAACACCAUUCUGUUUUAUGGACGCUUCUGCUCUCAACUUCAUAAAAAACACCUGCAAGGCCUGAAAGAGAUCAAACCUCAGCCAAUUUUCUAUCAGCAGACAGCCCCUUCAGCCAUGCUGUGCACCUCAGACCCGGAGUGGUGGAAAUCCAUCUCCACCCAGACGCUCUCAGGUAGAGCGCCCUUUCCACCCCAGCGACAGCUUCCUCUCAUGGACUACGCCCUGGCAGUGGAGCGUAGUAGGGGGUCUUACACAGAGUUUCUGGCCAGUGCCUAUUUGGUGGCUGGUCUUAAUGACCCUCCUCCCCUCCACGAACGACGGAGUCUGCUACAGUUGCCCUACUGGGACCUGGUAGACCACCUCACCCAACAAGAGCGGCAACAGGACCAGAGUUGUACGCCACCUCCCAGGUCUUCGUCCAGCCCACUUCCUCCCAUUCCUGAGGGUUUAAUUAUUAGAGUGGCAACGCAGGGGAACCCGGCUCUCUCUGCCCCGAUCCUCGGCAGCUCAGUACAGCCAGUCAGUCUCAGGGGAAAGCGUGAGCGGAGGAUCUCCUGGGAGUCGCCCUCCGAGGGGUCCUCUACUGAGCCUGUCAUGGCCACCACACCGCCUCCUCCUUCAAUUACACUCUCUGCGCCGCGCCCUAAGAAGAAGAAAAGGAAGAAGGGGUCCUCGGCUCUUCAGCCAGCUGCAGCCUCCCCGGCCUCUGAUUCUCAGCUGGCGCAACCGCAACCUCAGCCUGUGCAGCCUCAGCUGGAGUCUGUCCAGCCACAGUCAGCCACAGUACCCCCUGUCAUGGUCCCUGUCUCGUCUCUGCUGUCGGUCACAGCGCCCUCUGUCAUGGUCCCUGUCUCGUCUCCGCUGUCGGCCACAGCGCGCCCUGUCAUGGUCUCUAUCUAUUCUCCGCUGCCGGUCGCAGCACCCCCUGUCACAGUCCCUGUCUUGCCCCCGAUCCUCCCUAUCCAUGCCAUCUAUAAAUUCUCUGCCAUCCGCGAGAAGCACUGGACCACCUUCUGUUUCCGACUCCUCCUCGUCAGUCCCUUUUCUUGUUUCCCCUCAGCCAGGCCACCCUAUGUUGCCCCCUCCAAGCCUCUGUGGUCUGCACGGACCCAGCCUUCUGCUACACCACGAAGGCCAAGAACUCAAACCCCACCCGUUUACACUCAACCUGGACCACCCAAGAUAAACACUGUUGUGAAAAUGGAGUCUUUGUCAGCAUCAACCACCCAAUUCUCUCUCAAUAUGUUUAAGAAGAUGAGUGAGGAAAACACUAGUGGAAAUAUCUUCUACUCUCCUCUCAGUAUCUCUUCGGCUCUGGGCAUGGUGUCACUUGGUGCUAAAGGAAACACACAUGAUGAGAUCUUACAGGCUCUGUGUCUUAACAAACUUGUGAAAUCUGAUGUUGCAACUUCUGGACCAGCGCUUCAGCAGCAGACCCAGAAACCUCAGAUGCCCGUCUGUACCAAGGGUCAAUCUGAACCACAAAUGAUGCAGCAGACUCAGAAAUUUCAGAUACCUUCUUUCCUCAAGAAAUCCCAGCCAACACCUGAAGAACAAAUUCAUUUCAGCUACAGCAAACUCAUGAACGAGUUGAACAGACCAGGAGCCCCAUAUAUGUUGAGUCUUGCCAAUCGUCUGUAUGGAGAGAAAUCCUAUGAGUUUAUUGGUAAAUUCAUUAGUGAGACACAGAAAUACUACCAGGCUGGACUGGAGUCUGUGGACUUCAUAAAAAACUCAGAAGCUGCACGCGUUAACAUCAACAACUGGGUGGAGAAAAAGACACAAGGGAAGAUCAAAGACUUGCUGGCACAGGGGAUCGUCAAUGAUUUGACUCGUUUGGUUUUGGUGAACGCCAUCUACUUCAAGGGAAACUGGGAGAAAAAAUUCCCAAAGGAAGCCACAGUUGAACAACAGUUUAAAGUGAACAAGAAUGAAACUAAACCAGUGAAGAUGAUGAAUCAGAAGUUCAAGUUUCCUCUGACCUUCAUCCCAGAGGUGAACAGUCAGAUCCUGGAGCUGCCGUAUGUUGGGAAGAAUCUAAGUAUGUUGAUCAUCCUUCCAAAUGAGAUUCAAGACGACACCACUGGACUUCAACAGCUGGAGAAAACACUGACCUAUGAGAAGCUCAUGGAGUGGACCAAACCUGAAAGCAUGAGGAUACAAGACGUUCAGAUAUCUCUGCCUAAGUUUAAGCUGGAAGAAACUUACGACAUGAAGCAUCUACUGGUGAAACUGGGAAUGGUGGAUGCUUUUGAGAUGGGGAAGGCAAAUUUUUCAGGAAUGUCCCACAAUAAUGAUCUGGUGGUGUCUGAGGUGAUUCAUAAAUCCUUUGUUGAAGUCAAUGAAGAAGGAACAGAAGCAGCAGCGGCAACUGGCGUUGUCAUGAUGACCAGGAUGUCACAGAUUCCUCAGAUGUUCAAUGCUGAUCAUCCCUUCCUGUUCUGUAUUCGACACAAUGCCACCAAAACCAUUCUGUUUAAUGGACGCUUCUCCUCUCCAUGA